AUGAUGACGCCGGUGAAGAAAAACUCCGCCAUAAGGCCCGUCGAGUUCUACGGAAACGGACUCCCCCGUCCUCGCUUCUUCGAUAACCCUAAGUUCAACACUCACCGCGUAGAUCCACCGCUCUCUGUACUCGAUCCUCUCCUCUCAUGGGCCAGAGAAGCCCACUGGUCCAUGGGCGGUCUCAACUUCACGCGUCUCCGUCUCCAGGGCCGAAUCGAAGGAAACGUCGAUAAGCUACGCGCUCAGCUCGAGAAAUCCAGUCCGGUGAAGAAGAGAUCUGGUUUUGAUUCUCCCCCUGCUGCUCCUGUUGCUGUGAAACGAAGGAGGUUCAUAGAUCUCAACGACGAUGCUGAUGAAGAAGAAGAAGAGAUCUGUGUGGCUAGCAUCAGGAGGAAACUCUCUGAUGACUUUGAUAGAGUCGCUGAAGAGAGCAAGUUUAAAACCAUUAAGAAGAAACCGAUUGAAACGGCCUCCUUGGUUAAGGAGAUGAAGAAGACACAAAAGGUUGAAGAGAGAAGCUCAAAGAGGUCGUCUCCAAGAUUAGCAAAGCGUAGUUUGAAUUAG